UUCUUCCCCAGAGGCGAUAAACAGACAGUGUGAAGUCUUGGUGUAUGGACACACGACUGACAGACAGACAGACAGACGGAAAGACAAGUGACUUGGAGUCUUAGUGUGUGGACAGACAGACAGACGGACAGGCAGACAGAAAGACAGGUGACUUGGAGUCUUGUUGUGUGGACAGACAGACAGCAGGCAGACUGACGGAGGGCUGGUUGCAGUGAGAGCAAGGGAGUGCAGCAGUGAUGGUGAUGGAGGAGAGAGCACCGGCCCGGCAGAGAGGCCUGGGCUAUAGUGUGGAAAGGGCAGUGCUGGACGAGGAGAGCCUGGAGGAGGUGGCACAGAGACGGACCCGUGAGGACAAGCCUGCCCUGGCACAGCGGCUCAGGGCCAAACUCAGUUGCUCUGCAGUCAGGUUUUGGCGCUGUCUCUUCAGCUGUAUCCCAGUCCUAUACUGGCUCCCGCGCUACUCCUUCAGGGAGUAUGCUCUGGGAGACUUCUUCUCAGGGAUCAGUGUCGGGAUUAUGCACCUACCACAGGGCAUGGCGUAUGCCCUCCUGGCCUCCGUGCCCCCUGUGUUUGGGCUCUACUCCUCCUUCUACCCCAUCCUGAUCUACUUCAUCUUUGGGACGUCCCGGCACAUCUCUGUGGGCACGUUUGCUGUGAUGAGUGUUAUGAUCGGCAAUGUGGCGGAGAGGCUGGCUCCGGACAGUGACUUCUCCUCUCUGGACACGGUGACGAAUGAGACUCUGCUUGACGUCCUGCAACGGGACGCGGCCCGGAUCAAGGUGGCGGCGGCAGUCACUUUCCUCUCCGGACUCUUCCAGGUGGCUCUGGGUCUGGUCCAGUUUGGCUUCGUGGUGACCUACCUGUCUGAGCCGCUCGUUCGCAGCUACACCACUGCCGCCGCCAUUCAUGUGAUUGUGUCACAACUGAAGUACGUCUUCGGAAUCAACCCGAACCGCUACCAUGGACCCCUCUCAAUGGUGUAUACGCUGAUAGAGUUGUGUGCCUUGCUGCCUAAGACUAACGUGGGCACUCUGGUGGUCAGCAUCGUCUCCCUGGUGGUCCUGCUGGUGGUGAAGAAGAUCAGCACAGCGCUGAGCCACAAGCUGCCCAUCCCCAUCCCCAUCGAACUCAUCCUCGUGAUUGUUUCCACGGUGAUCACUGCGCAGGUGCAGCUGGACAAAAAGUAUGGAGUGCAGGUCGUGGGCGAGAUUCCCAGAGGUCUGCAGGCACCUGUGUUUCCGGACACCUCUCUGUUUGUGUCAGUGGUAGGGGAUGCCUUUGCCAUUGCUGUGGUCGGCUACGCCAUCGCUAUCUCACUCGGGAAGAUCUUUGCUCUCAAGUACGGCUACCAGGUGGACAGCAACCAGGAGCUUGUGGCGCUGGGUCUCAGUAACUCAGUUGGGGGCGUGUUCCAGUGUUUCGCUAUCAGCUGUUCCAUGUCCAGGACUCUAGUCCAGGAGAGCAGCGGCGGGCACACCCAGGUGGCAGGGGCUCUCUCGGCCCUUGUGAUUCUGGUCAUCAUCCUGCGGCUCGGAGAACUCUUCCAACAACUGCCCAAGGCUGUUCUGUCUGCCAUCGUCAUCAUCAACCUGCAGGGAAUGAUGAGACAGUUUACUGACAUCAGGACACUGUGGAGGAGCAACAAGGUUGACAUGCUGGUUUGGGUCGUGACCCUGGUCUCCACGCUGCUCCUGAACAUGGAUAUAGGACUCGCUGCAUCUGUCGCCUUUGCGAUGCUGACCAUCAUCUUCAGAACACAGCUGCCGCAGUACUCCUUGCUGGGUCAGAUUGCUGGCACUGAGCUGUACAGAUCUGUGGAGGAGUUUGCUCAGGCUCAGGAGAUCCCGGGCAUUAAAAUCUUCCGCUCAUCGGCCAACCUCUACUUCGCCAAUGCAGAGAUGUAUGAAGAGAACCUGAAAAAGAAAGUUGGGAUUGAUAUCGCUCGGCUGCUGCGCCACAAGAAGAAGCUGGCAAUGAAAGAGAAGCGCAGAAAGAAGCGAGAGGAGAGGAGAGCCAAGAAGGAGGCCAAGAAAACCGUUGAGAGAGAGGAGGCGGGGCGAGAGGAGGCUGGGCAAGAGGAGGCUGGGCGAGAGGAGGCGGGGAAAGAGGGGACUCAGAGGGGGUCUAAUCCCCUGAACCCGCACUCCAUCAUCCUGGACCUUAGUCCUGUCAGCUUCUUGGACACUGUGUCAGUGAAAAAGCUGAAAAACAUUGUCAGUGAUUACAGGGAGGUAGGAGUGGAGGUGUACCUAGCAGGCUGCCAGAGUUGUGUUGUCGGGGAGAUGGAGCUUGGGGGAUUCUUCUUGAAGGCGCUCUCGAAGGCCUGUCUCUUUGUCUCGGUUCACGAUGCUGUGCUGCACUGCCUGAGACGAGCUGAACAUGGGCCACUGGACAGCCCUGCGGCUUUUGAGAACACCAAGUUAUAACGAGAGAAUGAGAGCGAGGAGGGAAGGAGCUGCAGUGAGGUCCAGGUGUUCAUUCACACACACAGACGAGGCUUGGAGGGUUCAGCCACACUCUUCCUUCACUGCAGUUCACUCAAAGAAAUGAAAAGGAAUGUGUUUCAGUAAAGUCCAGUUUGUGCCCCUGAUCCUGCACUAUUA